AUGGCUACAGGUGCAAUCAACGCGUUCAGCUUGGUGGAGCUGUGGGGCGAGGCGGGCGAGGGCGAGGCCAGCGAGGGCGAGGAGGGCGAGGCGAGCGCGGGCGCACGAGGGCCUGGAAGCGGAGGCGGGGCAGACGCGGCGCCGCCCCCGCAGGCAGGCGCGGCUGCCGGCCGCGCCGCGGCGGGCAGCCUCCAGCGGGCGGCGCCCCGCCCGCGCCGCGGCGGCACGAGGCGCAUCGAGGCCGCGGCUGAGCAGGGCGGCCUCGUCUUCUUGUCGGGAGCCACGGAGGCGAGACCGCUGGCCGCCGGGAAAAGCGGAGUGGAGAAGGGGACGGAGGAUCCGCCGGUGUCGGUUGGCCAGGUGAAGGACCUAUGGCGGAACGCGGAUUUGGGCGCCGACGUGGUGACGAAGUCGCAGUUCCUGCAGCCCGAAGGGCUCGCCUCUCAGCUCGUGGACUCCUUCCGGCACGCCAACGUGCCGGCCGGGCCGGUGGACGUGGCCUCGCUGCCGAAGACGACCCCGCCGGUCAGCCCCGUGCUGGAGCCCGCUCGCCCCUCCCGGCGCAGCGGCGGCGCCGGUGCCGGGCCGCCGGGCGUGGAGGCGUUGAUAGCGAUGGGCUUCCCGCAGACCAUGUGGCACACGAGCUCGAAGCUGAUCCGUGUGGAGGCGGUGGGGAGCGGGUGCUCGGCGGAGCACUUCGGGUGGGCGCCGUCGGCAUGGACGAGCAAAUCGGCUGGUUGCACCAUCAUAUUUGGGAGGCCGCUGCGCGUGACGGAUGUGGUCGACGUGCUCGUGCCGCCCAAGUCUACUCAAGAACGUCCUGGAAGCCUGGGGGUCAAGAGUGGCAAGAUUGGCAUCGUGCUGUCAGUGAGGUGCCCACCACCUGGCGGGGCCACUGAGAAGAAGGGUGGGCCCACGUACUUCGGGGCCGACGGUGUGACGAACAGUGUCAACCACUGGUUCAUAUCAGAGGCUGCGUUGGUGAACGCUCUUGGUUUCAAGGAGAGCUACUGCCACGGCAGGCGGUUCCAGCUCAUACCAGAUAGACGGUUUCGUGAUAAUUGUCCGUUGUUGCCCGUGCUGGGCUACUUGCUGGAGGCGCACGACGGCAAGCGCAAGAAGAAUAACCACAUCUCUUGGGACCCACAAGAGAGGGAGAGGGCGCCCGAGUUGGGCUCCUGGGAUUUUGAGUCGGCGCGCGAGGAUCGGCAGCUGGACGAUACCAGCGAGUUCAACAAGCACUUGCAGGAGGCGGGCCAGGCGCCGUCGGGCUGA